AAAAAAAAAGUUCUGAGGAGUCUUUUGCAGCAAAGGAAAGCAACCAUUUUCUCUUGUCUGCUCUCUGCUGUCAGUGAAUUCUUUCUUGUCUGCUGUUCAAAAUUGAUGUAGUUCCCGAUUUCCAAUCUAGCAAGGCUUUUCAUUCCUCAAUUCCUUAUCAAGGUUCCAUUCCAACUUUCAAGUACACAUUCUUCAUUUUGCUUUGGUUGCAGCUCUGAUCCCUAAAAUCAAAUGUUGCUUCGUCGAAUAAUAACAUGUCCUCACUCCAAAAGGAUGCUGUGCACUUCCUCUUCUUCUUCUUCUUCUUCUUCUUCUUCUUCUAUUAGCAACUGCGACUUCACAAGUGCCAUUCAUGAACUCAACAAGGAAAUGGAAUCUGUAUUUGGUGAGCCUCCUGGUGAGGGAUUGGCUAGCUCUGCAAGCAAUGUUCAUGUCAACAAUGAAUCAAAGAUGAUGAUGUCUCAAAAGAUAGAUGAAAAUUCUUUUGAAUUGACUCACACUGGCCAUUCAGGGGAAGCUCAAAUGGUGGAUGUGUCUCCCAAAGAAAGUAGUAAGCGAACCGCCAUUGCCGGUUGCAAGGUACUUCUUGGAAAGAAGGUGUUCAACUUGGUCUCAGCUAAUCAAAUGGCAAAAGGGGAUGUGCUUACCGUCGCGAAAAUCGCCGGGAUAACUGCUGCAAAGCAAACCAGCAGCCUGAUUCCCUUGUGCCAUAACAUAAACCUUACACAUGUGCAGGUGGAUUUGAAGCUGAAUCACGACGAAUUCAGUGUGAUGAUAGAAGGGGAAGCUGCAACAACAGGAAGAACUGGGGUUGAGAUGGAGGCUAUGACAGCAGUUUCUGUUGCUGGGUUAACAGUUUAUGAUAUGUGCAAGGCUGCUUCAAAAGAUAUAGUCAUUACAGAUAUAAGGCUCUAGUUU